AUGUCUCUCCAGCAUGCUGCUGACGCGUCCUCGACGCCUCGCCUGGCAGUGAUGCCUCGCCCUCCUAGGAUUCCCUCGCCGACUACGCCUGGUCUUCCACGGAUGCCGCCGGCUCAUUCUGGGCCCCAUGCUGACGAAUGUCAAUCUCUGGAUUUGCUCGCUGAGAGUCAAGGGUUCCUGCCUUCACCUCCAUGUCUUCUCUCUUCAGUCGCCACUCCCACCCCGGCGUCUUCACUGCCAUCUGCUCGCCGGCGCCAUGUGGCUGCUUCUCCUGUUCCCUCUGGCCCUCCCUUGCUCAGAGGUGCUCCACUCUGCCAGAUGCUUACAGUUCGUGCAAGGACCUCUUCUACCUCUCGCAUUUCCGGUGAUGUCAUCCGCUCCAGCCCUGGAUCCUCUCCGCCUUCUGCCAGACUGUCUUCUGUGGCUGCCGCUCCCGAUCCUGUAGUGCCGCCUCCGGACGUCACUGCCGUCUCUGCUUCUGAAUCUCCAGUGUGUCACCACACUCGUUCUCGUGCUGCUGCUGGACAUUCAUGCUUACCUCCGCCUUCCCUGAUGCCUUCCUCCGUACAUCCUGCUCAGGCUGCUUCCUCUCCUGUGUCGCUUUCUGCCGCCGGUGCUCUGGAGCCCGCUGUUACAUCUGAUGGAUCCCGCUGUUACAAGACGGAACUGGAGCCCGCUGUUACAAGACGGAACGCCAGACCACUACCUAUUCAGGUGCCCUCGGACAAAUACCAUGCAUCUUUUCAUGCCCACGAGCAACAUAACUGCUUACCACCGACUGAUAAUAAAGCACAAGGGAAGCAUUAA